GCGGCUGCGCGGCGGCUGCUGAGGCGCCCGGCAGCCCCCGCGCGGCCCCGCCGCCAUGGCCUUCACGUUCGCCGCCUUCUGCUAUAUGUUGGCGCUGCUGCUCACGGCCGCGCUCAUCUUCUUCGCUAUCUGGCAUAUUAUAGCAUUUGAUGAACUGAAGACUGAUUACAAGAACCCCAUAGACCAGUGUAAUACACUCAAUCCUCUUGUACUUCCAGAGUACCUCAUCCAUGCAUUCUUCUGUGUCAUGUUUCUCUGUGCAGCAGAGUGGCUCACACUGGGUCUCAAUAUGCCCUUGUUGGCUUAUCAUAUUUGGAGGUACAUGAGCAGACCCGUGAUGAGCGGCCCGGGGCUCUACGAUCCUACGACCAUCAUGAAUGCAGAUAUUUUAGCCUAUUGCCAGAAAGAAGGAUGGUGCAAAUUAGCAUUCUACCUUCUAUCUUUUUUUUACUACCUAUAUGGCAUGAUUUAUGUUCUGGUGAGCUCUUAAGAAGACAUUCAACAAGCUUGUUCCAGUUAAGUGCAUGCAAAAGCCACAAAAAACAUGGAUUCUUUACAACAAGAACCUCUGACCAAGAUUAAAUCCGGAACCUGAUGUUCACAAUUGAGUUAGAAAGCAAUGACUCCCCUAUUUUUAAAAUAUUUCCACAUUUUAUACUUGUGGAAAGACUGUUUUCUUAUAUUUUACUGGGACGCUGAAAUUAAUGAAUUAUGUGUAAAUUAAUAUAAAGAUGACUGGGGUUUGAAAAGUGUUGACUUUGCACUCCUUAAGGAACAGCCAUAACCUUCAAGUAGGUGUUGGUUACUACUACCCUUAGUACUCUAGGGAUUUGCUGUAGGAUGGGCUUUGUAGUGGCUCACUUGGACUUGUGUAUCCCACUCUUUACUCUAAACCAGCCCUGGCUCCAAGUGCUUGGGAACAACUGGAAUGCUCUAUGUUUUGCCCAUAGGUGAUGUUGGUCUUAGGAUAUUAAUUCAUGGACACAAAAGCAAAAAUAGUUCUAUUUUGGUUUAUUUUUUUUAUUAUCUGGUUAAUCUUCCCCUGUAUGUGCAUCCAUAGGCCCAGAGCCUUCUGUAUCUUCUGCAGACAUUAACCCUGCUUUAAUCUCGAGCCUGUGCCAUUGUGGUAGGAGAAGCUGAAUUGUCCAUGAGGGAAUGAAUUUAAUUUUUUUUUUUUUAAUGUCUGUGCUGAUUAACAAAUGGACAAACCUCCAAAGUUUAUCAAGUCCAAAGGUGAAAACACUCUUGGGUUUAAGAGAAGUAAAUACUACAGACUUUUUCAAAGCAGAAGGUGAGAUUGUGAAACUGCCCCGCUGUUCCUUAGUGCAAUAAAUGAUAAUAAAAAAAACAAAUCUCAAAUUCAGCAACAUUUCUUUUUAUGUGGUGCCUUUUGUUUUGUUUAUAGAUUAAACAGAUCCUUGCUGUGUUCA